CACCCGCGUUCGCAUAUGCAUGCAAUCGACGGCACAAGAGACUAGCUCCCCUAGCACGCCUCGGCUUACCCCGUGAUUCCUUUGAAAGCCGCGUCGCCGUUCUCCGAACCACGCGCUCGCGCCUGCGAGUGUAGCCUAGGUGCACUUUCUCCAUCCCUGCGCACCUCCUAACGCCUCACACAAUCGCCCCGCACCACAGUCGCCUCUCCCUCAUCGCAUGGCAUCCGCGUCCUCCGCUGCCCCUGCGACGGGCGAAGCCACGCCCUCCUCUUCGGAACUCCCGCCCAGCGCAGCCCCUCCGACUAGCGCAGCCCGUCAAGCGGACGGCCAGCAGCCGCAGCAAGAGCACAGGGGGAAGGAACCUGCCGCAGCGGCGCCUGCGGCGGGUGCGGCAGCGGCGGCAGGUGCGGCGUCAGGUGCGGCAGCAGGGGCGGCGGCGGGGGAGGUGGCGUGCGGGAAGGAGGCGGUGGAUCUGCUAAACUGCGUGGCGGAUGCGCGCAACGACCUGUCCAAAUGCACCGCGCUCAUGGGCGCGCUGCGGCGGUGCGCCGCCCGCGAGAAUGUGAAAAGCUUUUCCCUUCCUACCUCGUAACUGUUGCGAGGCAUACUGAGUCACUGCCAGAGAAUAAGCAGCUCACUCGUGGUAAGUCAGACCACGCGCGUCUAUUAGCACACAGUUUAUUAUUUCUAUCAAGAUGAUUCAUUCUGACUGGCUGCUGCUAUACCAAUGAAGAACCUUCAACCGGUACAAGUGUUUUUCCCAAGUGGGCUACUAUUGUACUGUUGAACUGUGGAUGCUGUUAAACGAAGGUAGCUAGGAGUAGGAGGAAGCCAUGGAAUUGCGUGAGGUUUAGUAAGGAGAAAGUUGAGGAGGGAAAAGAGAGAGAGACUAGGAAGAGAGGCAUACAAGGAGGGAGUUGUAGCCUCUACAGUAGAGUUCGAUAAACCUACCAAGCCUAC